AUGGUUGAUAAUAUUCGAAGUGGCACCAUUCAAGGAAAGCUGCGUGCAUCUUCUUCGAAGACUGAUGCCAACACCGACAGCACUCAUUCGGUACUGCCCGGUACUAAACGUUUGUCACAGACAUUCAGUGGUUUUAUCGCUGGUGGUCAUAGCUCGAGUGGCUUCGAUUUGGAAACAUUCACUGCUGUUAAUGAUCACAAUGCAUUCAGAACCUCAAUUUCCACUAGUACUGCUGCCACUUCUUCAACAACAACGGCGGAAACGGAACAUGUCAAGCAUCCAACGCGAAAAGGUCGAUUCGAACUGACUGAAAAUUUCUUUUUCGGCAAACCGUCUUCAUACAAACAAAAACCAUCUUUUUUGCGUAUUCGACAACAAAAUCUAGAUCGAAAGCCAACCUUCCGUUCAUCCAAAGAGCAACGUUUUUUAUCACAACCUACAGAUAGUUUCCAUUUCCAAAAUCUGGUUACCGAUAAACAAAUGCUCAAUUUCGCACUUGGAUCUACCGCCAUAUCACAAGCUGUUCUGCCUGAUGACAACAUCGACGGCAAUGUUUUCAGUGGAACACGAAACGACAUUAGUAGCAAUGAAAAUGUGGCUGAAGGUAUGGAUUUGCAGAUGGGUGAUCAGGUUGAUAAACGUUUGAAUGACAUCACAACGAGUGUUGAAUAUAAUGGAACAAUACUGAAUGAAUAG